AUGGCGGUAUCUUGCAAUAUUGGGGAGAUAGACGUUAGCAACAAAGAAAGUAGAUUUCCAUUUUGGUUAAGAUGGAGUCGUACAUCAAAUGAUCUUCUAAAAUCCUCGGAGCAAAAACUGCUGUCACGAAUAAAAAGCGGUGUAGAGGCUUUUUUCGUGCCUAUUUUCAAUGGCUCCUGCUACAUCAGGACCUUUGUUUUCCGACGUCAUAAAUCGGACCAAAUAUCGCCUACAGGCAGAACCACAGAUACAAACCAAGCCAUUCCCAUUGUAUUGGUCCAUGGAUUUGGUUCUGGAUCUGCUCUUUGGUGUAAAAACAUUGAUGCGUUCGCCUGCUAUCGCCCUGUGUAUUCACUUGAUGUUCUCGGAUUCGGACGAAGCUCUCGACCUCCUUUCCCAGUCGACGCCACUGCAGUAGAGGAAAAGUGGGUCGAGUCUAUUGAGCAGUGGAGAUCAUCGUUAAACCUGGAGAAGUUUAUUUUACUUGGCCAUAGUUUGGGUGGUUUCCUAGCUUGUUCUUAUGCACUUACUCACUCCAACAGGAUUGUUCAUUUGAUCCUAGCAGAUCCUUGGGGUUUUGUCGAGGAUCCUUUAAAAGUUAAAGAUCAGUCGAAUGUAGGUGCAGCUCAAGCAUGGAUAUUUUCGACUUUCCGUCAAAUAUUCCGUCCCUUUAAUCCUUUAUCCUUUCUUCGUGCUGCUGGGCCUUUCGGGCCUAGCCUUAUCCACUAUUUCCGUCAGGAUCUAAGAGGGUUUUUCGAUCAAAGACCCAUUCGCGUGGAAGAGAUGACAGAAAUACCUCGAGCAGAACAACUUGAAUCGACCCAGAAUUUUUCUUACGAUAAUCACAUUCAGUCAACUAAUGGUGAGGAUGAUGUUUUCAAGCCUCCAUCACCGAUCCACAGAACGAUGAAGACUGGGGAGACCGUCUAUGACAAAUCAAAUUCCAAUACAAUGGAUUCUAUUGAUUUAAACGAUUUGGAUGGGUCUGUAGCUUUGGAUUACGUCUAUCAUAUUAACUGUCAGCAUCCAAGCGGUGAAACAGGAUUCAAGUCAUUAUGUAGUUCAGUUGGAUGGCCUCAACGCCCAAUGUUAGACAGAAUUAGUCAACUCGAUCCUAAUGUUCCUGUCACCUUUAUAUAUGGUUCUCGAUCAUGGAUGGAUCUAUCAUCAGGAUAUAGAACUCGUGUAUUACUUCCUAAUUCGUACGUAGAUGUAAAGGUAAUCGAAGGAGCCGGACAUCAAGUGUAUGCCCAGAUGUCUGAAGAAUUCAAUGCUUAUGUAAAUAUGAUUGGACAACGCGUUGACAAUGGUGACUCAUUUACUCCGGGAGUUUAUAAUCCAAAUCCAGACUCUAAAAGAACAACAUGCUUUAAUGGUACGAAUAAAACCAAUGAAAAUAUAGAGUCCCGUGGUAAUAACACUUCGAUAAAGGGACAUAAUAGCCGGAUUCGUCAUAAGCGUUCGUCUUGUUCAUCACUCCAGGGAGAUACUUCAAUGCUAGCUCAAUCUAAUCGUUAUAUUCAAAACAGUAAGCAUGUUUUUCCAAAUGAAGAAGCAAGUGACGAAGCAUCCGAUUAA